UCCUGCUUGUCCCUCUUUGUCCGGUGGCGACUGAAGGCCAUGAUAAUUAUGGCAAAAAUUUGCGUUUUUGAAUGAAUUAUAGUUGACUGGGUGGAUCAACAAGCAUACACCGAGUGAGGACUGGUUUGCUGGCAAUGACACACCAGAGAGUUUCAAUUUAAAGGACAGCAGAGCAAGCAACGGAGAAAGGGUACAGUUUGUUUCCAAGACAAAGUCUGCAAGAUGGCUAGCUAUCUUCAGUGGCAUGCUAACGUUAGCUAGCCAAGCUAAUGUUAGCAUAGUAAACAACAGUUUCUUAUAACAAAAAAAACGUGAUCGGUUUGCUUUUCCUCAUACAUGCUGUGACAAGUAAAAAACAUUGAGUGCACAUUUUUCUAAAUUGAUUGUGGGAUGAUAAAGCAGAGUUUGUUGUAUAUCCAGUGGUGAAAUCUCAGCGCUGCUAAGCUAGCCACAUUGAGUAACGUGGCUAGCCAGUUAGCAGAGGUAGUAACUAGCUCGCGUUAGCUAGCUGGUCGAGAGUACCCCGCUAACGUUACACAUCUGUAAGUGAUCAUUUUUUUUAAGAAAAGGGAGGGAGGGAGGUGGUCUGUAAUUUGCUUCUAUUGGCAGUCAAGCCAGGUAGCAAGCGACCAGUUUCAACCCAGUCAGCAGAAACUGGUUUGCAACAGGACGAACUUGUGCUAAGUUAACGUGAACCAGCUCAGUUUUUUACCUGACGUUUUUAUUUGGUGACCAAAUCCCGGCGUGACAGACACCGUGGCGAGAGAUUUUAUGCAGCUGGGAAGGAGAGUUUGCAGACCUGGGCCGGUUGAUAUAUACCAUAAUAUAAUCUAGUUGCUGCUGUGAUGAUCAUUUAGCGUGUUGACAUGACCUGAAGGCAGAUUUCCACCUACGCGGCUCAAAGCCUUCAAGACGUCGUCAUUUUUAACUUUUUUUUUCUUGCAUAUGAACGGUGAUAUGCCACUUCACCGACAGUCAUAUUAGCUAAUGGCUGCCGAAUCGGGGAGACUACUGGCGGGACAAGGAAAACGAAGCAAAGCUUCACAGAUGAAGAGCCCGGAGAAGAAGAAGGCGAGGAAAUCCACGACACAGGUCAUUUUUAAUAACUUUGCUAAAGGAAACACGUCCUCGGCGGCAGGGUUCUCCCACCUCACUGAGUUUGCACCCCCUCCGACCCCCAUGGUGGACCACCUGGUCGCCUCCAACCCUUUCGACGAUGACUUUGGGCCCCCAUCUCGACCCAGCGGGGCAGGUGGACCAGGUGGAGCUCCAUUUCUUCCAAGUCCAGGUGCAGGUGGAGGAGGUGGGUAUGGAGGAGGCGGCAGAAUGGGCAUGGGCUUCAUGGGAGGCCCGGGAGGACCAGGCGGCGGCCAGCCUGUACGGAGGCCACCAUUUGGCCCUCCAGGUAAUGCCGGACCUCAUCAUCAGCUCGGCUUUGGAGGAAUGCCCGGCUUUGGAGGGGGCGGUGGGAGUGGCAGUGGAGGAGGAGGUGGUGGAUUCCCCCCUGGUGGCCCUUCUCAGUUCCAAAUGGUACCAAACUUCAGUCCACCCAUGCAGCCCGGGCCAGGAUUCAACUCCAUGUUGUCUCCAGGAAGUAUGGUAGGUCCUGGAGGAGGGGGGCCACCCCACCCUAGAUUUGGUAUGCCUCCGCAGCAGCACGGACAAGGUGGACACCCAUUCAACAGCCCCCCAUUACCUGGUGGUGGAGGUCCCAGAGGGCCCCCACAUGGCCCUAUGCCUCCCAUGGGUGGCAUGGGGCCUGGUCCAGGGAUGAACAUGAUGAGUGGCAUGAGUGGUGGCCCUGGAGGCAACAUGGUGGGUGGGUUACCAGGUAUGCCCCCUCAAGGACAAUUCCCACCCUCACAGGAUGGCCCCUAUCCUGGCCCCAGUCCGCCAGGACCAGGCAACGAGGAUGGAAAAAACUUUGGGGGAGGGGGGCCACCCCCUGGGCCUCAGCAGCAGCAGCAGCAGCAACAACAACAACAACAGCAGCAGCAGCAGCAACAGCUUAACCUAAAUCCCAAUGGCCCCCCUCCUAAUAAUACCACUCCUGGCCCUCCUCCUAACUCUGGUCCUCCACAGCCUGGCGGAGGCUUCCCUGGCCACCCUGACGUCCAACAGCCCAAUGCCAACACACCUGGUCAGCCUCCAUCAGCACCGCCACAGCAUAACCCCAACUCCUCUCCAACUGGUCCCCUAAAUGGAUCAGGCCAGCCCCAACACCCACCACCCAAUCAGCUGCAGCCCCCCAGCAAUACAAACACCCCCAACUCUAACAACUCUACACAGCAGCAGCAACAAUCCACUCCACCUAACUCCGCCCCUGGCCCCACCCCUCACAGCCAACAGAACAACACUCCCGGUGCUGGUGGUCCCAUGUCAAACGCUGCUUCCAAUUCAGGUCAGAACAACAUGACCAACAACAACGGAGGCAACACUCCUGGCAGCAACCCCAACCCCCCUUCUAACUCCACCUCGACCCCAAACACCCAGUCUCCACUGCCCCCUGGCCCCGCUGCCCCCUCGACCGGGCCCGGUACUGGCCCUGGAAAACCAGGGGGCCCGGGGAUGGUAUUUCCUUGCGGUCUCUGCAUGGCAGAGGUGCACGACGACCAGGACGCCAUCUUGUGCGAGGCGUCUUGCCAGCGCUGGUUCCACCGUGACUGCACUGGCCUGACAGAGCCAGCGUACGGCCUGCUGACUCGAGAGAGCGCUGCUGUUUGGGCCUGUGACUUCUGCAUCAAGACCAAGGACAUCCAGGCUGUGUUUGUGCGCCAGGGAUUAGGCCAGCUGGUGGCAGCUAAUGAGAGUUGAGGAGUGGAUGACAGAGGAGCAGCGCAGAGGUGCGACGCGUAAGGACAAAUAGAGACAUUCUUUGCUCUAAUCUAACUGAGUGACCUGUGUGUCAUGCCAGCUACUUGCCCAACUUUCUCUUGACUAGCCCUUUACUCGUUCACUACACCGAGAAACACACUCAUUGACAUUCAUGCUUAUAUAUAGCACUUUGAGUGACAACCCCCCCUCAUAUGAAUCAUAAUGAAUGUUAUAAUUGACACAGUCCCUCAGACAUCUAGCCUGCCAACCAGCAAAGCACUGACACCAACACUCUACCUCACACACUUUGUGACUGACUGGCACGGAUGCUCCCGCACUGACUGACUGAGAUUGACUCGCCCCACUCAUGCACUACAUGAGUGUGAUGAUAUUUCAAACACACAUGCACACACACGUUAGGUGGGUAAAUUAAUCACUGUAAAGUUCAGUUGUUCCCCUAAUUGAUCAAAUGACUGAAAGUAUUAAUGUUUUUUCUCAAAUUGUCACAGCUAUAAAUUAAAACUGCCAUGAAAUAUCACAUUUUGAAAGCUGAAAAAAAUAGUUAUAAGAGUGCCUGAACAUCUAAAGGGCCUUGGAUUUUAUUCAUCAGUUAAUUCAUGGCUUUAUAUGUCAUCAAAUGCUUCAUUCUAGCACUGCCCACUCACAUUUUCAGCCUUUUUACUGCAAGAAAGUUUAAAAAAAAAAAAUCAGUAUAUUGCAGUGUAAAAUCUCAGUAGCAAGUGUAUUGUGAGACAUGAAUAUAAAUUGAGGGGGGAAAAAAAAACUAUUUUUAAGGUCUUUUGACUAUUCCUGCACAUGCAUACAUACACACAGCUUGACCCUGUAUUUCUUGUAUCUGUCAUUUUGUACCCAGUGCUGAUUAAUCCAAUGGAGAUCCGGGUUGAGUUUUCAUUCACACCUCACAGAGGAUUUUACCACCGAAAUAAUUGUAAAUAUUAGGACAAAAAUAUUUGUCUGGAACUCCCGUCAGUUGUGAAUACGCUGCAGAGUCGACCAAUGAACAAAAUAAUGAGUUGAACGUAAUUGUCUUGGUUGUAUACAGUAUGACGUUUUGGUUUUUCUACAGUUCAUUUGAGUCAACUAUUUCUUUUUAUCUCUGCAGUAUACAUGGAUUGUGAAAUCAGUGCUUUUGGAUGGUGUUGGCAUAGCAAGUAGUGACAUCAUGUCAUAUCAGAUGUGCAUAGUCCUUUUUCUUAAAAAAGAGGGGAGGGGGGUGCAUGUGAACCAAUGCAGUAACUGUCUGAUCUGUUUAUGUUUAUAUUCUGGCCUCUGCGCUGCUGGAGGCCUUGAAGUAGACCAAAUAACUAAAGAGCGAAAAAUACCCAUUUUUUCACAUUUCUGUCACAGUAUAAGGUGUUUAUAACUAUUCUUCCUUCUCUUCCUCUCUCUCUCUCUCUCUCUCUCUCUCUCUCUCUCUCUGUCUCUCCUUAUUUUUCUUUAUUCAAUGUCCGAGUUGCCUUUCUUUUAACUUACUCUCAGCUGUUCCUUUAUUAUUUUGUACUGGUAUUUGUGCUGUGCUCUUGCUCUGCUCUGGCGCCUCCUGGUGGAACCUGGAGGAACCAGUGAGUCCCACAGAGGGUGGGGAAAGGAAAGGUACUGAACUCUGAAGUAAAGACAGAUUUUUUUUGUACUUGUCCAUGUCUGUUUUUAUUCAUUUUUUUUAAACAAUUUGUUUGCUAAUCGUUGUAUUAAAAUGAGGGUUGUAAAACCCAGUAA